AUGGCCGACCCAGCCAGAUACCGAUACUCGGGGGCCGUGGGAAGACGGUCCCCUCCCAUCUACAAUCCAGCACGAGCUUCGUUGCCCGUGACACACAGUCCCGGCUAUCCUCUCUACAGCGGCGAUAUCCAUAGCAUGACAGCAUCCCUCCAUGAGGGUUUGACGAGACCAUCCGACGACUACCGUCCUACUGCCGUUCCUGUCAGCGCUACUUCGUACGCCGUGAGAAAAGAGCCCGUUGCGAGAAGCACCAGCGUCAAGGACGGCCCUCGUGAUCGCAUCAUCGACUCUGCAAACAAGCGGCCGAUCAUUGUUACCACCAAGCACCCACCCGCCGCUCCCAGGUCCAACAGCCCCUCGCGUGACUCUCGUGACCCCUACCGAUCAAGCGACGAGGGGCAGUAUUACACCCAGCCCGCCGUCUCGGCCAACCGAGGCCGCACACCCGGAGGCCCUGCUCCCUUCAGCGCCGCCAUGGAUGACGACGAGUACCGGCGGCUGAAGGAGAGGACAGAAACCGACAGGCUCCCACGCGGCGGGGGAGAUCCAUACCGAACUCGCCCCGUCUACACCGGGCCCCCUCGCUCCAACACGGUCGACUACGAGGACGAUGGCUUCGAGUAUACUAAGCCAAGUGAGCUUGCUCGCUACGAUCUCGAGCAUGACCGACCGCGCAGACGACGCGAGAGUCUGGAUCGAUACUACCGCCCUACCGUCAGUGUCAGCACUGACCUGGCCAUGGGCCGCCCAUACGAACAAAAUGAAGGGAGGCGGGUUCGUCAAGGACCACCGCCUACCACCUGGGGUCUCGACAAGAUCAACCGAGCUCCGACAAUGCCAGCGGCUGGUGGCAUCUACGAUGGUGCCGGUGUACGCAUGCCUGGUGCACCGGACGCCAGGCGAUCUGGCCUAGCCAUCGAAGGCCCGCCUGGCAGCCCCAUGUCGGAACCACACGGCAUUCCCAGCACUCGCCCACUAAAUCUCCUCGAAAAUGGCCCGCCACGCGCCGGCCACUAUGAUGACUACUAUGACGACUUUGACCGUGAUCGGGGAUACUUCCAAGACGAUGUCGCCAGUCGAGGGUUUGGCCUCCGCGUGGAAUCGGCCCUCGACGAACCCCGCCGGCCCCCUGACCGGAUCUACCAUGACGACCGACGCCGGGAACCACGCCGGGACUAUGGAGAUCGCGAGGUGAGGAGGAGAUCAGACGACGAUUUGGAAGUCAUCCGUCGCGAUCACGAUGAUCGAGAGCGGAGGGAGCGUCGUGAUCGUGACCACGAGUACGCCAUCGAUGACGACUACGACCGAGACAGAAGGAGGCACAACAGGUCACCGCCUUCGGAGGACGAACGUGAUCGUGAUGGCCGAAAGGCCAAGGUUGACCCACUCGCUGCUGGCAUUGGCAUUGCCGCUGCGUCCCUCGGCAUCGGGGCUGCUUUGCAGGGCAGAAAAGAUGAAAAGAACGAUUCGCCAUCCAGGAGAUACAGAGAUGAAGAGGACGACCGCCGGAGAUACGGUGACUCUGAGUCUGCUUACUCUAGGCCUUCUCGUAAGGAGCCACUUCUCGGCGAUGAGGACUUUGAGAUUGUGGAGCAUCCGACGGACCGUGAUCGUGACAGAGAUCGUGAACGGGAUCGUGAGAGGGACAGAGAAAGGGAGCGAGAGAGAGAUCGCGAGAGGGAACGGGAAAGGGAGAGGGAGCGAGAGAGAGAGCGUGAUAGAGAGCGUGAUAGAGAGCGUGAUAGAGAUCGCGAGAGGGAGCGUGAAAAGGAACGCGAAAAGACUGCUCGCAAUGAGCCACCGGCACAAAUUGAGCCCGACCGCAAGAGGCCGGAGAAUGAUUCCAAGGCCAAUGCCGAUAACGUGCCCGUCCCGGCAGACCGGGAAGAGGACGGCAAGAGCAGACCAAUUCGUCGCCGGCCAAGAGCUGCUUCGUCGGCCUUCAACCCCAACGACACAGCUGGUUUGGCUGAACUCAAGGCCAAGCUGGCCGAGACUGAAGAAAAGGACAAGGCCAGCUCGUUCAAGCCGGAAAUUCCCGCCGUGAGGGAGCCCUCUCCCGAGCGCAGACCUUCCCCUGUCGACAAGCGUGACCGCGAGGACGACUCGGCCAUGGUUGUCAAGGAAGAUUCCAGCAGAGUCGGAAGCCGCAGCAGCAGCGGCGAGAUCACACCCCCUUCCUCGACCGACAGAACUGUCCGUGUCGUCGACCCUCCCAAGGAGAAGGAGCCAGAGAAGAAGCCCAUCAAGGGCAUUCUCAAGCAGCCCAAGCCCAAGUUCCCGGAAGAACCCAACCCGGUCCGGGAGGGCGUUGCGCCUCACAAGGAUGACAAGACCAAGGCCAACGUGCCUCCUGGAGCCAGGUGGACCAAGAUCAGCAGGAAGAUGGUCAAUCCCGAGGCUCUCACCAUUGGCAAAGAGCGGUUCGAAGUUAGAGACGACUUCGUCAUUGUGCUGAGGGUGCUGAGCAAGGAGGAGAUUCAGGCGUACGCCGACGCCACGGCUACUCUGAGAGGUACCUACUACCCCUUCGAUGGUGAUUCAGACAAUGAUAAUUACAGUGAGAGUAGUUUGCUGACAGAGGAUUUUGAAAUCAUAGAGCGUCGUCGGAAAGAGUACGAGUCAGAUGAUGACGAGGAGUAUGGUGGCAAGUCGAGGAGGUCUUAUCGGGAGAGGAGGGACUAG